GGGCUGGGCGGGCCGGGCCGGGCCGGGAUAUGACGUUCCGGCUCCUGUAGGGGCUGUCGUGUCGCCGCCGUAUCGCGACGGGCGGGACUAUCGCGACAGAGCCAUGCUCGCCAACGCGGCCACCAUGCGGAUCCUCAUCAAGGGGGGGAAGGUGGUGAACGACGACUGCACGCUGGAGGCGGACGUCUACAUCGAGAACGGCAUCAUCCAGCAAGUCGGCCGCGAGCUCAUGAUCCCUGGCGGGGCCAAGGUCAUCGACGCCACCGGCAAGCUCGUCAUCCCGGGCGGCAUCGACACCAGCACCCACUUCCACCAGACGUUCAUGAACGCCACCUGCGUGGAUGACUUCUACCAUGGCACCAAGGCAGCCCUGGUGGGAGGGACGACGAUGAUCAUCGGCCACGUGCUGCCCGACAAGGAGACCUCGCUGCUGGACGCCUACGAGAAGUGCCGCAGCCUGGCCGACCCCAAGGUCUGCUGCGACUACGCCCUGCACAUGGGCAUCACUUGGUGGGCGCCCAAGGUGAAGGCAGAGAUGGAGACGCUGGUGCGGGAGAAGGGGGUGAACUCCUUCCAGAUGUUCAUGACCUACAAGGACCUGUACAUGCUGCGGGACAGCGAGCUCUACCAGGUCUUCCGCGCCUGCCGUGACUUCGGGGCCAUCGCCCGGGUGCACGCUGAGAACGGCGAGCUGGUGGCCGAGGGAGCCAAGGAGGCGCUGGAGCUGGGCAUCACGGGGCCGGAGGGCAUCGAGAUCAGCCGGCCUGAAGAGCUGGAGGCCGAGGCCACGCACCGCGUCAUCACCAUCGCCAACAGGACCCACUGCCCCGUCUACCUGGUGAACGUCUCCAGCAUGUCGGCCGGGGACGUCAUCGCCAACGCCAAGAUGCAAGGGAAGGUGGUGUACGCGGAGACGACCACGGCGCACGCCACGCUCACCGGGCUGCACUACUACCACCAGGACUGGUUCCACGCCGCCGCCUACGUGACGGUGCCGCCCCUGCGCCUGGACACCAACACCUCCGCCUACCUCAUGAGCCUGCUCGCCAACGACACCCUGAACGUCGUGGCCUCCGACCACCGGCCCUUCAGCACCAAGCAGAAGGCCAUGGGCAAGGAGGACUUCACCAAGAUCCCACACGGUGUCAGCGGGGUGCAGGACCGCAUGAACAUCAUCUGGGAGCGGGGCGUGGUCGGGGGCAAGAUGGACGAGAACCGCUUCGUGGCCGUGACCAGCUCGAACGCCGCCAAGCUGCACAACCUGUACCCCCGCAAGGGCCGGAUCAUCCCCGGGGCCGACGCCGACGUCGUGGUGUGGGACCCCGAGGCCACCAAGACCAUCUCGGCCAGCACCCAAGUGCAGGGCGGGGAAAUCAACCUGUACGAGAACAUGCGCUGCCACGGGGUGCCCCUGGUCACCAUCAGCCGCGGGCGCGUGGUCUACGAGAACGGCGUCUUCAUGUGCGCCGAGGGCACCGGCAAGUUCUGCCCCCUCCGCUCCUUCCCGGACUCCGUCUACAAGAAGCUGGUGCAGCGGGAGAAGAGUUUAAAGCUCAGGGGCGUGGAUCGCACCCCGUACCUGGGGGACGUGGCCGUGGUUGUGCAUGCAGGGAAAAAAGAGACGGGGACGCCCCUUGCAGAUACGCCCACCCGGCCUGCCACGCGACACGGGGGCAUGAGGGACCUGCACGAGUCCAGCUUCAGCCUGUCCGGUUCGCAGAUCGAUGACCACGUUCCAAAGCGAGCUUCGGCCCGGAUUCUCGCUCCCCCCGGAGGCCGGUCUAGCGGCAUUUGGUAAAGCCGGGGACCUGUCCCCCAACUGAGGACGCGGGCGCCGGGCCCCGCGCCCCCCCCGCUCGGCACCGGCCGGGCCGCGGCCCCUCCGCUGGGGCUCCCCCCGUGCCCACCACCCCGGCGGAUUUGGGGGGACCCUGCCCGGCCCCGUCCUGCCCGGUGGGGGCCGUGCUGGGGGCGCCCGCAGCGUCAGCCCUGCGCCGGGGGACCCCCAGUGCCGGGCUCCUGGAGCCGAGCCGGGGGCCCGGGGGGGGCCGAGCCCCCCGCCCAUGGGCCGGGGGCAGGAGGUGGGCCCGCCCCGUCCCUUUUCUGUUUGCACGUUGGGUUUGGAUCAGUGAUUUUUUGACUUGUUUGUGCAUCACGUGGAAAUACUCUGAAGUGGUUUGUGUCACUAGAGUUAGGGGAGACACGGGAGAAGCAGGGACCCUACCCCCCACACACACCCCUCCGGCCCCCCGGGACCCCCGCCCGCCCCCCCUGCCCUCAGUGCCGCCCACCGGCACGCGCGCGUGCACAUGCGUGCGCACCCUGCACGCCCGGUGCCGGCGGGCUCCCUGCCCCCCUCCGACCCCGCUGCGUCCCCCGGGGCCGCCGGUGCCCCCAUCCCCAUCACACCAUGGUGCUACCGGGGGGGCCGCCGCCCCCCGCCGCCCCCUGCGCCCCCGUCCCCCGGGGUAGUGUGAAAUGUGAAAUGUGGCUCGUGCACUUUGUCCCCAUAGUUGGUCCUGUAGGCGUGCGGGGUCCGCCCCGCGUAGCUGCGGCCGCCCCGCGCGGUGCCGCUCCGUUUGCUCAUUAAAACCCGUUCUCACCGCGCCCGGCCUCGCUG